AUGCCACCACGAAGGUCUCAUACAAAGUCUCGAGCUGGCUGUCAGCAAUGCAAGACUCGACGCAAGAAGUGUGACGAGACUGGUCCUCCCUGUAUGAACUGCAGUCCUCGAAACUUGGAUUGCAAAUAUCCAGGUACUGGUUUUCAACAUUCCCAUUGGAGCGACCAAGCUCAGGAAAUUCGACAAGCACAGGACGAAAAUCCGACACCCCCGGGAAAGCCAUCUGGAGACAGUUCCACCAAGCGAAUGAGAGAGCUGGGCUUAAUGCAUCACUGGUGCUUGAAAACAUAUCGCAGCUUUUCUCCCGAGUUGAGCGAUAUCUUUCAAAACUACACUGUACAGCUGGCAAUGAAUCACGAGUUUCUGAUGGACUCACUACUUGCAUUUACAUGCUUGCAUAUCGCAGCCGAAGGGACCGAAUUCGUUCCACGGUCUGCAUCGAUCCUCGAUGAUGCGCUCAGGUAUCAAGAAAGAGCUCUGCCUGCUUUUCGGGCCAAGCUGGUGCAAAUCUCAUCAUCAAACUGCGAAGCGCUUCUUCUAUGCUCUAUGAUAAUGAUGGCUUUUGCAGCCGUAUCUCCCUUUUUCGAUGCUACCAACGACAGCGAAACAAAUAAGGAUUCGGAGACUGGUCAUACAAGCCUUACGUCAAUAUUCUUCUUUGUAAAGGGAAUACACUCCGUCAUUGAAAGUUCCCAGCCCUGGCUUGAUAAAAGUCCCUUAAAUUCCGCGAUUCAACUUUAUCCUAAGGAAUAUUGGACCGCGUCUCCUCCAACAGGUAGCGCUAUCCCGCCUGAACUGAGAAGUCUAUGCGAUCAUACAAGCUUGCAGUCCCGGGAAAUUUAUGCGAGAGCUAUUUUAAUGCUAGAAAAUUGCUCUGAAAGAGAUAAAGGGAUGACUCUUGCAUGGGUUGUUGAGGUUGGCGAGGCCUUUGUGAGCCUAGUUCAAGAAAAAGAGCCACUUGCCUUGUUGAUAUACAUCUGUUGGGGUGCACUUAUUGGCCGCUCGAAGGAUUCGUGGUGGGAAACAUUAGCGGGACAGACAGUUGUCAAAAGAUUGAAAUCAUUGGUUUCUAUUGAAGAUGAAGAGACAAGUGUCGUAUUGAACUGGGCAAGCGAGAGGAUAGCUUCUGAAAAGUCAUAG